CUCUUCUCUACCACAACUGCACUCGCACAAUGUCGCCGCCACCGCUGUCAGCAGCGACAAAGAUCCAAAUGGCUCACGAUAUUCGCGUGACCAUUCGCGAACUGAAGGACCGCGGCCUGCUCGUUGCUGCCAAGUGGGCCUCUGAGCUCCUCACCUCGCUGCCGAAGGAGUAUCGCACCUCACCAUACCUCCCCUUCUCCCCACCAGUUCAGCAAAUUGGCCUCUCUUCCCCUCCUCACGCUGGACCCCGCCCAUCGCUGGGAGAGUUCCUCCCCUCUCCUGGACCAGGAAUGUUCAGCGGGAGCAGUGGGUACAGCGUCAACGCCGAACCUGGACCAUCGCGCUCAACAACGAGACAUGGCGUCGAGUUAGAGGAGGAGGACGACGUGCUCGAGGAGGACGAGUUCCAGCUCGCCAAGUCUUACUUUGACAUCCGCGAGCUCGACCGCGUCGUCCACACGCUGCGAAAUGCCAAGGGCUCGCGCUCACGCUUCCUCAAGUGCUAUGCGGCGUACCUAUCGGCUGAUCGCAAGGCGCAAGAGUCACUUCCCCAUUUCCUUGACAACAAGCAGGAGCGUCUUGCCCUCUUCCCCGCGUUAAACUCCAUUCUCGACGAGAUCGAUGGCGACACGGACCCAUAUCUCACCUACCUGCGUGGCCUUCUCCACAUGCGCUUGGAGCAGCGCCAGGCGGCGACAGAAUGCUUUGUCAAGAGUAUUCGCGAGAGGCCAUACAACUGGAGCUGCUGGAGCCAACUCGCUCAGCUGGUCGACUCGGCCGAUAGGUUCAUCGAACUCAAGGAGAGCCUGCCCUCGACCCCCAUGCUCACGUUCUUCGCCAUUGUCGUCAUGCUCGACCUGCACACUGCCACAGACCUUGUGCAGAGCAUGAUUGCAGAGCUCCAGGCGAUCUUCCCAACCAGCGUACACCUGCGAGCGCAGCGCGCAAUGGUCUACUACCAUCAGCGCGACUUCACAGCCGCCGAGAAGGAGUUUGACAUGGUACAACAGGCAGAUCCGUACCGCAUGGAGGAGGUCGACAUCUACUCCAACAUGCUCUACGUUAUGGACAAGCGUGCCAAGCUGGGGAAGCUAGCACACGAGUACGCCGAGAUCGACCGCAACAGGCCAGAAGUGUGCUGUUUGAUCGGCAACUACUACUCGUCUCGAGCAGACCAUACCAAAGCCAUCACCUAUUUCAAGCGCGCUCUCGUGUUCAACCGCGACUACCUCCCCGCUUGGACCUUGAUGGGCCACGAGUUUGUCGAGCUCAAGAACUCGCACGCGGCUAUCGAAGCGUACCGCAAGGCGAUCGACGUCAACGCGAAGGACUACCGUGCUUGGUAUGGUCUUGGCCAGGCGUACGAGCUCCUCGACAUGCCCAUGUACGCCAUCGAGUACUACAACCAGGCGACGUCACUGCGGCCGUACGAUUGCCGCAUGUGGUCGGCCCUGGCCACAGUGUACGAAGGCCUUGGUCGUCUAUCAGACGCCAUCGCCGCUCACACGCGUGCACUUCUCGGUGCGGACAAGACGCAGACGCCACAGAUCCUCGCCAAGCUGGCAUCACUACACGCAACACUCGACGCAGCCCGUGGCGUUCAGCACUCGCGCGAAGCGGCAGAGUACCACCGCAAGUUGCUCGCCCUAGGCGAGAGUGAGCGGACCGAGUUUGCAGAGCUCGCAUCAAGCUACAUGGCUGUCGCGGAGUACGAGAUGCGUGGUGGGCUGGUUGAGCGCUCUGCACGUAAGGGACGUCGGAGUAGCGUUGUCGCCUCGAGACGCAGGAGCGCGCCACCCCAGCCUGAAGAGCGCGGCGACUGGGCUCUCGCCGCACAGUACCUCGAGAAGGUUGCGCAGAGCAAUGCCCCGCAGAGGGACCAGGCCAGUGAGCUCCUGCGCGAGCUGCGUGUGAAGGAGGCGAGACUUGGGCUGGGGGCAUAGGUUUGGGGUGUGCAUGCAUCUUCAUGGUCAUUCAGCA